CCAAGAUUGAAAGACAAGAAACCUGAUUUGCCCAGUUAUAAGAAAGGCGAUCAAGAUAAUUUCUUGCGACACUCAACUUUAGUUUGAGGUUAUUUUAUUAUAUAUCUGCAGAAAAUCCCAGUGGAGCUAUGGCAUGGAGACUUCAGAUUCUUGGUUUUCUUCUCAUAAAUUUGGCUCUACUGGCGUGUAUAUGUGCCACUGCACAGGAAGAAAACUGUUCCUAUACAUUAGAGGUGGAGACAUCAUGUUAUCUACUUUCAGGGACAGAUGAGCGGGUACUUGUGAGGUUUGGGGACAAAAGCUUUUAUGACAAAAACAAAACCGAGGUGCUGGAACGGCAUCUCAGUGAAUCCAUGAAUGAAGGCAAUGCAAAGCCCUUCAAGAGGUGCAAGACCGAUAAGUUCAACUUAAGCGGGCCUUGUGUAAAGGACAAAUUGUGUUAUGCAUAUUUUAAAGUUGAUGGUAAAGAUGAUUGGCGCGUCAAUCACGCCAUAAUUUAUCAUGAAAACGGUGAAGAUAUAUUCCGCUUGGAUAAAAAGCUUCCAGGGAAUGCCUGGUACGGUCGUGAAUUCUGCGAUAAGAAUUUCCCGAUGCUUGCCUCUUUGGCAGAGGCGGAGGAUGCACAUAAGCACGUGAAUCGGAAGCUUAACCAGAAACGGAAACCGAGGGCAUAAAUGACCUUUGCUUACUAGAAGAUUUGUGAACAGCUUGAACACACAAAUCUUUUUAAAUAAAUGGUUAUCCACUGGUAUCAGGGGUAGAAAAGGUGUUUAAUCUUCUUGUACUGGAGAUGUUUGUGUAUUAAUAAUCUCUUUCAUGUGAUAAUGUGAAAGAGACAUUAAGCUCUGUAUCUUUAAGAUAAAAGUUAUUGGUUUUGACUGGUUA